CUUUAGUAUAUAGUGGGGUUUUGAAAGCUAGGGUUUUAAAGCUACUCUCUGAGUUCUCUCUGUGAAGUUGUGAAAGUAGGAAAUGGCGGAAGUAACUGAUACGCAUCAGAGUAUCGAUGGGGAAGAGAAGACAGUAUUGAAAGAUAUGGAAGUGGAAACCAUUGAGACUGUUCAAAAGCCAGAUCCUUCUGAAGAACACCAGACCAACGGCGACGAAAAACUGAAAUUGAACGGUGAUCAGCCGUCCGCGAAUACCUUAAAUGGCGAUUUGAAGCGAGCGAGAGAAGAUGGUGACGAGCCAGAAGAAGACGACGGCGCUUCGAAGAAACAGAAGGGCGAGAAGUCCGUGGAAGAAAUGCGCCUCGAUAACUUGGGGCAAGAUGAUCAGAAAGAGGAACCCCAAGAGAAAGACGAGGAAGGUAAGAAAUCUGGUCCUGUGAGUCUCGGCCCUAAGACUUUCAGUUCGUCGGAGGAGAUGUUCAAUUACUUUUGCGAUUUCAUCCAUCACUGGCCUACUAAUCUCAGCGUUAACAAGUACGAGUACAUGGUGUUACUUGACUUGCUGAAGAAGGGUCAUCUGGAGGCAGACAAGAAGCUUGGUGGAGGGGUCAAUGCUUUCCAGAUCCGCUACCACCCUAUGUGGAAGAGCCGGUGCUUCUUUCUCAUCAGGCAUGAUGAAUCUGUUGAUGACUUCAGCUUCAGGAAGUGUGUCGAUCACAUACUCCCCUUGCCUGAGAACAUGAAAGCCAAUUUAGAUGCCAGUAAGGCAUUGGGUGGGCCCCAUCAUAAGGGCAGAGGUGGACAAGGUGGUGGUGGUGGAGGUGGAAGGAGAGGUGGGCGUGGCCGUGGAAGGGGUGGUCGAUCUAGAUAUUAGUUGGGGGAAACUACCUGUUAUUACCACCGGUGGGGUAUCAUUGGAGUAGAAAGAUAUAAAGGGUAGGUAUAAAAUGAAUGUUAUGGCUUCACUUCUUCUAUCAUAUGUAACCGUCUAAAUUUUGACCGUACUGAGCUAGAUAAUUAUUAUUAUUAUUAUUAUUUUUGGUAGGAGUUUA